AUGACUGGUCUGAAUAUUCAGCUUGAGAAGACGAUUGGUUGCACGUUUAUCGGUGUUCUCUUUUCCGUAUUACUGCAUGGUUGCACCCUCGGUCAGGCUGCGUUUUACGCGCAGCACUACCCCAAGGACCGCUUCCGCAUAAAGGCUCUGGUAGCUGGCGUGUUAAUCAUGAAUAGCGCGAAGACUGCCAUUGACGCCCAGUUCCUGUGGUUAGACCUCGUGCAGAACCAUGCAAAUAUCACCAUCCUUUCGAAACUGGCGAGCACAUAUGGGGCGGAGUACAUUCUCGGAGCUCUGGUUACGUUUUUAGUUCAAAGCUUCUUUUUGCAUAUUAUAUGGCAACUUUUGGAGCGGAAGUGGUACAGAAACCUGGUUUCAAUAACAGGGGGGGUUCUAUGUCUUACUUCUCUUGGUGCCGUACUAGGUGGUGCUUAUGAACUCUAUUCAAGCAAAAACGUGGACACGGUGGAACGAAAUAUAGUUGUUCAGGGAGAAGUGCGUGUAGUUGCCGCUGCGCUCACAGACGUCUAUGUCUCGACGGCGCUGUGUUGGAUACUGCGGAGGUCAAGGACAGGGUUUAAGCGUUCAGAGGCAGUCAUUUCAACUCUGCUGCUGUAUGCGAUGAAUCGUGGUAUACUUGCUAGUUUAGCACAGAUUUCGCAAGCUGUCCUUUUCCACAUCGAUUUGCGGCUAGGUACAUUUUACACAGAUCUUGUUUGUUUCCUUACCAGCAACAUCUAUGUGAUUUCCCUUUUGGCAGUAUUAAAUGUCCGCAAGAACAUCCGAGAACGUGCACCCUCGGAAGGAGACUUCUCCAUCCCCAUGGCCUGGCUAGAGCCGGCCCAUCUCGACAAGUUGGAUACGAUCGCCCUUACUCUGGUGCCGCCACUACCCAAGAGGAUAACCAAGCGCUCGCAACCACGGUCUGACCUUGGUGGAAUCAUAGUCGCCAAGGAGGUCAUCUGCGUCGAAGACACAUACGAAUGCAGCACUGUCAUUGACGCGAAGGAUGCGCAGCAGAUUGAUGUUCUGGAACGCUCAAGAUCCAUGAAUGUCGUGUAA